AUGAUCAUCUUUCUCGCCGGUCUGCAAGGCGUACCCCAGGAACUGUAUGACGCAGCCGAAGUCGACGGCGCCGGCCGUCUGCGCCAGUUCCAACAUGUCACCUGGCCCUUGCUCACUCCUGUGAUCUUCUUCAAUCUGAUCAUCGGCAUUAUCGGCUCGUUCCAGACCUUCACCAACUCGUAUGUCAUUACCGAGGGCGGCCCGGCCAACGCCACCCUCUUCUACGUCCUCUAUCUGUACAAUAACGGCUUCAAGUUCUUCCGCAUGGGCAAAGCCGCCACUAUGGCCUGGAUCCUGUUUGUAAUCAUCCUGGCGCUGACGAUCCUGGUACUUCGCUCUUCGCGAAUAUGGGUCUUCUACGAAUCUGAGUUGCGGGAGGAAGGGUAA